GUAAUGUUUUUCUUGAUGGGUGGAGGUUCCCCUCAAGCCAUCGGUCCAUCAUCUCGGGCUCAAAUUUGCUCCGAAGUGUCCCGGUCAUCAUCUACGAAUGGGCGUGCGUGUGCGUGAGCGCGUAACACACCAUCCUCAUUUACAAAGGGCGUGAUGUGAGCGGGAGCACAGCGUCCAUUGGCUCGGGGAGCGACCAAUCAGUGUUGGCGGAGGAACUUCGGAGUGGAGCUGCAGGGUUUGGAUUUCAGAGUUGGGAGAGCGAUUUUGGCUCUGACACAAAGAGGACGGUCAUCUAUCGCAGCUAAAACGCUCUCCCAGUUUUUUUCCUUCCCCCCACCUCUCCUGCAUGCCUGUCAGUGUAAACCCUUUUUCUCAGAAAGACGCUUUAAGAGGCUGCGGGAUGUACACAGCCGGGCUCAACCCGUUUUACGCGUCAAACUUCAGCCUCUGGUCCGCGUACUGCGCAGGGGGCUUCGCUGUGGAUACCAUGAAGAAACCCUCGUUUUGCAUCGCAGAUAUUUUGCAGGCUGGAGAUGCGGAGAACAUCCAGGGGUCGUCGGCCCUCAUGGUGCACAUGGGACACCAGCACCACCACCACCGUGCGCAGCAGGGCCACUCCGGCGGCUCGCCGCUGCGCCCCUCCCCUGUCGCGCCAGAGCAGUCGGUGUACGGCGCCAGGGUGAGCCCGGCGUCCCCCUACCACCACAGACACGGACUACAGCUCACAUCAGUCUCCUCCAGGACUGCUUUUAACUCCCAGCAAGCUCCCCCGCCUUCAAGCAAAGACCUCAAAUUCGGAAUUGAUCGGAUAUUGUCGACAGAGUUCGAUCCAAAGGGCAGAGAAAAGUCGUCAUUAAGAGAUCUCACGUCCAUCGUUAGCUCGAACCGUCAGUCAGGCAUCCACCUCCCCGUUCAGCCUCCGGCCAGCCAGUACUUCUCCUCCAUAGACCCCGGGAUGAGCGACGCGUCCUCCAUGAUGAGUUCACUAGGCAGCAGCAGCAGCGGCAGGCAAACAGGCCAGCAUCAGUUUCAGGACACCUUCCCAGGGCCAUACGCCGUCCUCACCAAGGACACGAUGCCGCAGACGUACAAGAGGAAAAGGUCGUGGUCGAGGGCGGUGUUCUCCAACCUGCAGAGGAAAGGCCUGGAGAAGAGGUUCGAGAUCCAGAAGUACGUCACCAAGCCGGACCGGAAGCAGCUGGCUGCGAUGCUCGGGCUGACGGACGCGCAGGUGAAAGUGUGGUUCCAGAACAGACGCAUGAAGUGGAGACACUCCAAAGAGGCCCAGGCUCAGAAGGACAAGGAGAAGGGCGAGCAGCCGGACAAGAGCGCGUGUGAGCCCGGCAGCGGGGAGCCCAAAGAGCCGGCGGAGUCCGAGUGCGAGAGCGAGGGCAGGAGCGAGUGCGAAUCCGACGAGGCCCAGGAGGAAAACUCUGACGGACAACUGGAGCUUUCUGAGCUCAACAAAACCAGCGUGAUCAUGAGCGGGAGCGGGCCGGCGAGCGGCGCGCAGGCGGCGGCCACGGGCCCGGACACGCCGGCCUCCUCACAGAUACUCAUAUGAAGGCUGGCGAUGAACUCCGAGCGACGAGUUGUAAUGAUUUUUGACAGGAAAACGACAGGGGUGUGAAAACGCAUGUGGAGUGGCUGCGAAGUCAGGCCCCGUCUAAUUCCUGGGAACAAUUGGAGCAGCAGUUUUAUUUUCUUAGCCCGGACACGAGGUGAAGAGGUCCCUUUGAAUUUGUGCAUUUUAUUACAUUUCUCCUCAGUUCUCCUGCUCCUUUGUAAUAAUACAUUUAUAGGCUUUAUAAAAUGUAGAAAUAUGACUUUCGGCUGCCUCCGGCGUCUCCUUACUGUCGUUUUCCUCUCAAGAGCUUUGUGUGCGUCAUGUUUUUUUCUCAUCUGGAGGAAAUGUGCGGUUGUGAAUUUUAAUUCUAGGUUAUGAACCACUCGUUUUCACGUGUUCAUGUAUUAUUAUUAUUAUUGUUUUGGUCAGGAUAUAGUUGUGCUAUUUUGUUAAUAAUAAUUUGCACUGAAAAUAUUGUAAAUAAAAUGUUUCUUACUUUGAAAAAUCGUAUUAUUAUUAUUAUUAUUAUUAUUAUUAUUAUUAUUAUUAUUCUCAUAUUAUUAUUAUUCUCAUAAUUAAAUUACCAAGUUAUUUGUUCACUAGGAAUCAGUCAGUUAUUUCUUGUAGGUUUAUUAAUAUGUUCAAAAAUAAUAUUUAUUGUCCACGUUAUGGUUCUCGUUUGCUUUUACAUUUAGGCCCACAGUAAGAAAAACAAAAGCCUCAGGAAGAAUAAGAAAAAACAAUCAGGAAAGACACUGUAAAUAAUGCAACAAAAUAAACAAAUAAAAUAAAUGUUAUAGAAACUAA